CAUUCCGAGUGGCUUGCCCCCACCACGCGUUACCCAUAUAAAGUCCCAGCGUUUCAUUUUUGACCCUCAGUUCCACUUGCGAAGUGAAUGAACAGGAACAAACUCCAGGACAUUUAGUGUGUUUUCCGGUUCUCGAUAGUUCAAUAGCAGUGAUUACCUCGUUAAGUGUUACUUCAAGAAUUACAGUUACUCAUACUGUCAGGGUGAACUAAAGGUGGAACUAUACGAAUGAAAAUGCAAGGUUACCAAGGAAGAACAUUCGAGGACGAUCAGAGAGGCAGAAGAGACCAGGAGACAAUCGUCGUCGAUCUUGUGCCGCCUCAGUAUCAGCUGAGCCCACCACAUAGUCCGCAAAUCGGCACUAUCAUUUCAAAAACUCCAGAGAAAGACGCAUCAUCCCCGAGCAGUCACCAGUCCCAGUGUCCUCAGGGAUCGCUGAGCAGCAUGGAUCCAAAUAUUCGCCGUUACCGUACAGCCUUCACUCGUGAACAGUUGGCGCGUUUGGAAAAAGAAUUUCAUCGUGAAAAUUACGUCAGUCGGCCGAAAAGGUGUGAACUCGCUGCCGAUCUACACCUGCCGGAGGCAACAAUCAAGGUGUGGUUUCAAAAUCGCAGAAUGAAAGACAAACGCCAACGCAUGGCCAUGGCCUGGCCGUACGCAAUGUACACCGACCCGGCGAUAGCGGCUGGUCUCUUUGCCGCAGCCUCAGCCGUCAUGUCACCGUCACCAUACCCGUCACCCCCAGUGCCCGCUGGACAUCUCGGCGUUACCCCACGUUAUCCAGCAGCAGCGGCAGCGGCUUAUUACGCUGCCAUAUAUCAUCCCUACAACAGCACCAACAGUUCACCUCUCCACUGUCCGCAUCCCCAGUCACCGCCGUAUCCACCACAUCCUCAUCUCGUCCAGCCACACCAUCCCCUGCCGCCCCUUCACCUACCCAUCACCGACGUCAACAACUUCGCCGCCACGCCCACUAGUCAAGGAGUCAAUGCACCAGCCAGACCUGGAGGUGAAUACAGGCCUGCGCACGUACCCGAACUCAGUCCUGCGCACUCAGACGCCUCGAGCGACUACGACUGCGCCUCAUCACUUAAUCAUCAUCAGGGGCAUCAUCUUCAGGGAACCGAUAAAGCAUCACCGCCGCUCAAGCUGCCUGUUGGACUGAAUCUCGUUGGACUCCCUGCGCAAAUCCAGAGUAUUCAGAGUGCCUUCGAGAGCAAGCACGGAGGAUAUCAUCAUGGGGUCCUGGGAUCUACUUCUGUACAAAGCACCAAGAUUGAUCCACCCAAGCUUUUCCAACCUUACAAGAGUGAUAUAACGGAGAAGGCGUGAAGGAUUCUAAUGCCGCGGGGGUGUCUGGGCAUGUGCAAUCGAGACCUGAGGCAUAGUGACAGAACUUUAAAGAUUUUAGGUUAAUAAAUUUGUAAAAAGGAAGAACGAAGGAGCCCAAAUCAAUGAAUGUACAAACCCCUUAAAUUCAUACUGUUUUAUAUACCUUUCGGUAGACAUAUUAUUGUCACUGUGCGAAUAAGUUGUACAGUAUUUAGAAUUAAAGCCAUUAAAUUUCUCUUCAUGUUGAUCCUUAGUAUGUAGUUAUUUAUUGUGAUGCCAAAUGUGAAGUCUUUUCAAUCUAUGUGUGUAUAUAAGGAGAAAAGAAGCAGGAAAAUAAAUAUUAUAUAUGAACUUA